AGGUGCGGGUUAGCGAGUGAGCACUGAAGGUACAUGACAUUAAGGAAAACAACCAGUAUCAGCGGCAGUAAACCGUUAAAAUGGAAGCAUUUUGCGGUUCUCCGUUUUGGGACAACAACCUUACAUUCAACACAGAUGACCCAGACUUGACCAGUUGUUUCCAGAACACAGUUCUAAUCUGGAUCCCAUGUUUUUUCCUGGUUGUGACCUCCGUCUUCAGUGUGUAUUCACUGCUGCACAGUCAAAAGAGCUUUAUUCCUUGGACCUGGCUGAACAUCACAAAAACGGUCUUGGGAUGUAUUCUAGCAGUCUUGGCAUUUGCAGACUUGUGCAAUGCCAUACAUAUAAGUUCAACAGAGGGAGCUUAUGGUGUAACUAUAGUUUCACCAGGGAUGGUCUUCCUAGCCAUGGUAUGGGCUAUUGCUUACCACCAGAUUGAAAGGAAAAAAGGAGUUCAGUCAUCAGGCAUACUCUUCAUAUACUGGCUUCUGUGGGUUGCAGUCGAUAUCUUCAUAUGCAGAUCAAAGGUCAAAUUUCAUUUACUUAUGGGAGAACCAGAGGACAUGUUUACAUUUGUGACCUUCUUCCUUCAUUUCGCUCUGGUUGUUGCCCAGCUGAUUCUGUCGGUGCUUGUUGACAAACCCCCCGUCUUCUCUGAAGUAGGAGACCAGAAGCGGUGUCCAGAGGAAACUUGUUCUUUCUUGUCUAGAAUUACAUUUUGGUGGUUUACUAGUAUGGUAAUCCAGGGAUAUAGGAAGGCCCUGGAAAGAAAAGAUCUAUGGCCUUUAAAUACGUCAGAUGCAUCUAGAACUGUAGUGCCUAAAUUCUACAAGCACUGGAAUGCAGAACUGAAGAAAAAAGAAAAGUGUUUGGCAAAAUCAGGAUGUCCAAAAAAUGGUGAUAUUCCUUUAAAGCGUCAAGAUGGUGACGAUUCCAAAUAUGUUGAGGUGGAUGUUCAUCCCAAGUACUACCCUUCCCUGUUCAAGGCACUGUGCAAGACAUUUGGACUGGCAUUUGCUGGCUCAGCCUUCUUCAAAUUUAUCCAUGACAUAAUGCUUUUCAUUAGCCCACAGUUGCUGAAGUUAUUAAUCAAAUUCACGAGGGAUAAAGAGGAUUACCUGUGGAAAGGUUUUGUGUAUGCUGGGUUGAUGUUUGUGUGUGCUUUGGUGCAGUCCUUGAUUCUCCAUCAGUACUUCCAUGUGUGCAUGGUGGUGGGCAUGAGACUGAGAACAGCUGUAGUAGCUGCAGUAUAUAGAAAGGCUCUUGUACUGACCAGUGCUGCAAGGCGUCAAUCUACUGUAGGAGAAAUCGUUAAUCUGAUGUCCGUAGAUGCCCAGCGUUUUGUAGACCUGACCACUUACCUGAACAUGCUGUGGUCUGCACCGUUCCAAAUCUCAGUGUCUCUCUACUUUCUGUGGCAGACCCUGGGGCCUUCAGUGCUGGCAGGACUGGGGGUCAUGGUGCUGCUGGUACCCAUUAAUGCCUUCAUGGCCACCAAGACCAGGAGCCUACAAGUGAAGCAGAUGAAGCACAAGGACACACGUAUCAAGCUGAUGAAUGAAGUUCUUAAUGGAAUCAAGGUGUUGAAGCUAUAUGCCUGGGAGAUAUCAUUCAGAGACCAGAUUCUGGGUAUUCGAGACAAGGAGCUGAGGGUGUUGAAGCAGGCAGCCUACCUCAAUGCUGGGACAUCUUUUACCUGGACAUGUGCUCCUUUUCUUGUCUCAUUGACCACAUUUGCUGUGUAUGUCCUGUCUUCCCCGUACAACAUCUUGACUGCAGAGAAAGCCUUUGUGUCUCUCUCCCUUUUCAACAUUCUCAGGUUCCCCCUGGCCAUGUUACCCAUGUUGAUUUCUAAUAUCGUACAGGCCAGUGUAUCUGUGAAACGUGUGACCAAGUUUCUAAAUCAUGAUGAGUUAGACAUUAGUUGCAUUGAUAAAAAGGAAAUGCCUGACAAAGCCAUUGUAAUGGACAAAGGCACAUUUUCAUGGGACAAGGAGGAAACUCCAACAUUAUGCAGCAUCAACCUUGAUGUUGACCGUGGUCAGUUGGUGGCAGUAGUGGGCAGUGUGGGCACUGGGAAAUCUUCACUUCUUUCAGCUCUGUUAGGAGAUAUGGCCAAGGUUGAAGGGACAGUUAAAGUUUCAGGUUCAGUAGCUUAUGUCCCACAGCAGGCUUGGAUACAGAACUGUUCUCUCCGUGACAACAUCUUAUUCAGCAAGCCCCUGGUGGAGUGUGAUUACUACAAGGCCCUCAGAGCCUGUGCUCUGGACAGAGACCUGGAGGUCCUGCCCAGUGCUGACAUGACAGAGAUUGGAGAAAAGGGUAUCAACUUGAGUGGUGGUCAGAAGCAGCGUGUGAGUUUGGCCAGAGCUGUGUACUCCAAUGCAGAUAUCUACCUCUUGGAUGACCCUCUUAGUGCAGUGGAUGCACAUGUUGGCAAACACAUCUUUCAGAAUGUCAUUGGGCCAGAAGGAGUGCUGAAAAACAAGACCAGAAUUCUUGUGACUCAUGGCAUUGGGUUCCUCCCUAAAGUGGACACCAUUGUUGUGUUAGCAAACGGCAGUGUAUCUGAGUGUGGAACAUUCAAUCAAUUAAUGGACCAUCAAGGAGCUUUUUCAGAAUUCUUGAAGAAUUACCUCUUGGAGGAGGAGAUCGAGGGAGAGCUGGAGGAAAUGGACGAUGAUGUUCGCAGUGAGCGUGAGGAAAUAAUGUCACAUAUUACUGAGCUGUAUGGAGAGAGAGAACUACAGAAGACCAAGAGUGAGCUAAAAGCCAGCAAAACAUCACUAAAUAAGACAGACACAGCAGAAGCAAGGGAAUUUUCAUCAAAGACAAGUUUACAUUCAAAUCCCAGAGAAAGAGUCUCUUCAGUGUCCAGUAGGAAGAGAGAGAGGGUGUCUUCAGUGGGCAGCAGGAAGAAAGGGGACCUGGAUGAGGGGGAUAUCCCACUGGAGGUGGAAGAUUACGCUGCCCUGAAACGCCAGGUGUCACAGUAUGAUGAAGGAGUGUGUACACCGCCUCCUGCCCUCAGGAAGAAACAAGUGGAGGCAGAAAAACUAAUUAAAGCAGAGACAGCAGAGACUGGCAGUGUGAAGCUUUCUGUGUUUAUAAUCUACAUGAAAGCUAUAGGGCUUUGGGUAACACUGGCUGUUGUAUUUCUCUAUAUCCUCAACAAUGCAGCUGCCAUAUACUCCAAUGUAUGGCUCAGUGAGUGGAGUAAUGAUGAGGCCAUUAAUGGAACAACUGAUACAGCCCAGAGAGAUCUACGGUUGGGUGUCUAUGGAGCUUUAGGUCUUGCUCAAGCUGUUUUGACCCUCAUCUCUUCAGUAGGGCUAGCUUUUGGUUGUAUUUUUGCCUCUUCACGCCUUCACACAGAACUGUUAGCCGGGGUAGUCAGGGCACCUCUUGUCUUCUUUGAAACAACACCUCUAGGCCGUAUUGUUAACCGGUUUAGCAAGGACAUUGACACCAUUGAUAUUACCAUUCCUGACAAAAUUGAAGAUCUUCUUUUUGUUGGGUUUGAAGUUUUGGCCAUUCUGGUAGUUGUAACAUUCAGUACACAUCCGCUGUUCCUUGCUGCCAUCCUACCACUUGCCAUCUUAUAUUUCUUUGUACAGAGAUUUUAUGUUGCCACUUCAAGGCAAUUGAAGCGGUUAGAGUCCGUGACCCGCUCUCCUAUAUACUCCCAUUUUGGAGAGAGUAUAACUGGAGCUAGCAUUAUCCGAGCCUAUGGACAAACAGAGAGGUUUAUUCUCCAGUCAGAAGAGAAAGUGGAUGAAAACCAAAUCUCAUAUUAUCCUAAUAUCGUAUCUAACAGAUGGUUAGCCAUUCGCCUGGAGUUCAUUGGGAACUGCAUAGUGCUGUUUGCUGCUCUGUUUGCUGUCAUAGGCAGAGACUCUUUGAGUGCUGGAAUUGUUGGUCUCUCAGUGACCUAUGCAUUAAAUAUAACUCAAACGUUAAACUGGAUGGUGCGUAUGACAAGUGAACUGGAAGCUAAUAUUGUGGCUGUGGAGAGAGUCAAGGAGUAUUCUGAAACACCUACUGAGGCUGAGUGGUUCAUUCCUGAGAAGAAACCAGAGUCCAGCUGGCCACAGAAAGGGAACAUUGUCAUUGACAACUACAGCACCAGGUACAGAGAGGGGCUCCCUCUGGUGGUCAAAAACAUCAACUGCCACAUCAAAGGAGGAGAAAAGAUUGGCAUAGUGGGUAGGACUGGGGCUGGAAAGUCUUCACUUACUCUGGCUCUGUUCAGAAUUAUAGAACCAGCUGAAGGGAAGAUAUUGAUUGAUGGUGUUGAUAUAUCAGAGAUUGGACUUCAUGACCUCAGAUCUAAACUAACAGUUAUUCCCCAGGAUCCAGUGCUAUUCUCAGGCCCCCUGAGGAUGAACCUUGACCCUUUUGACCAGUACAGUGAUGAAGAGGUCUGGAGAGCCCUGGAGUAUGCUCACCUCAAGCACUUUGUGGCAGCUAAUACAGAGGGCCUGUCGUAUGAGUGCUCUGAGGGUGGAGAAAAUCUCAGCGUUGGCCAGCGUCAACUUGUGUGCCUUGCCCGUGCCUUACUACGCAAGACCAAAGUCUUGGUUUUAGAUGAAGCCACUGCUGCAGUAGACCUGGAGACAGAUGACCUUAUUCAGUCAACUAUCCGCACAGAGUUUGCUGAGUGUACUGUACUGACCAUAGCUCACAGACUGAACACUAUCAUGGACUACACAAGGGUAUUAGUACUUGAUAAUGGAGAAGUGAGGGAAUUUGCACCACCCCAAGAACUCUUACAGGAUCAAAAUGGAAUCUUUUACUCUAUGGCCAAAGAUGCUGGACUCGUGGCCUAGAAGCUCUCAAGAUUUUCUAUAACUACUUUUAAGAAGACAAAGACUGACUGGGCUUGGGGACAUUAUGAUGAAGCUGAUAUGAGUCAAGAGCUAAUUACAGCAUAAAUCAGAAUGAUGUGGAAUUGAUUUUCUUGUUUUUUGAGAAGACAUUUUUGGAUAUGACAUUUUCAGUUUUGUUUUUUUUUCAAAUAGUUUUCAUUGUUACAAUACAUAUAUAUUUAAUCAUGUUUAUAGUUGUGUACAUGAAGCCUCUUACAGGCAAGUACAUGUAUAUGUAUAUGAAAGAGGAUUUGCAGGGUAGACCGACUAUUCAGGUAUGGGUGUCACUAGUCAAGAGCUCAUGGCACAGAUAUUUUGGGUUCAACCCCCGUUUUUUUUUUUUUUUUUUUUUUUUUUUUUGGUCCUUGGAAAGGGCACUUAACCCCAAAUACCUCUGUAUGUUCAGGUAUAUGUAAAUUACUACCAACUAUAUUUGUGAAGGAGUGAGCUAGGGCAGAAUUAUAGUAUCUUAUCUUGGGGACUUGGAAACUGUCAGUCACUUCAUAGUGCAAGAAUGAGCACAUACCUGUGUAAGCUUUGUUUGGUUAAUUCUGGUUACAGACAAGCUUACUAUCAGCGAUCAUUUUUUAUUUGCCAUUCAAGCAUGUAAACAUGUCUUUGUACAAGUCAUCCCACCUGACUGAUAGAUAACAAUUAGUAGUUCAGUCUUAGAAUCCAGUCAGAUUGUUAACUGACCUCAAUAGCAUUGAUGGGGGACAGUAUUAAGGGUUUUGACUCCCUGCUAAUGGUGAGCUAAUAGCAUAUGUAAUUAGAUGACUUGCUAAAAUGUGGCAGGUAAUGACAAUGAUUUCAUUCUAAAAACAAAAUGUGUUGUUGAGAACAAUAUAUUAGGUUCAAUAUAAAAAAAUAUUAGGUAUUAGGUAAUCGAGAAGAGAUGUUGGUUUUGAUUAGAUUAAAACAUUGCUUUUUGAAUAUUUAUAAUGGUUUAUAAAUUAUAACCAUUUCAAACUGUACAUGCAGUUUUUUUAUGUAGAUAUGUAAAUUAUGAUUACUUAAAAAAUCAAGAUAUAAAGUAAUUACAAUGUGUAUGUACACUGCCCUAUUGCUCAUACCAUAGUCUGUGCCCUUAAAUUAAGUUUUUUGAUAUGUUAAUAAUGAUAAAUUGUAGUUAAAUUUGUACUCUUGAUAAUCUCUCUUUAUUAGUAUUGUAAAGAUUGAUUUGAAGGAAACUUUUUUUGAAAUGCACUGGUAUUUAAAUGUUAUUCAAUCAUUUAAUGAUUAUAAUCUAUGAUUAAGCAAUGUUAAGUGAUUAUAUAUGGUUAUGUAUCAACUGUAUAUUGUAUUUUUCUGUUACAAGACUUUUUUGUUACUUUCAUUUAUAUUUUUCAAAUUUUCUUUGAUUUUUUUU